AAUCCCGCAGCUAGCUAGCUAGGGUCUCGUUUCGCCGCAUCAGCUUCAGCUUUUGGUGGUCGAUCGAUGGCGGCGUCUUCCGAGGCUGAGAAGACGAAGAAGAUGGUUACGUUGAGGAGCUCCGACUCGGAGGAGUUCGAGGUGGAGGAGGCGGUGGCGAUGGAGUCGCAGACCAUCCGCCACAUGAUCGAGGACGACUGCGCCGACAACGGCAUCCCGCUCCCCAACGUCAACUCGAAGAUCCUCGCCAAGGUCAUCGAGUACUGUAACAAGCACGUCCACGCCGCCGCGGCGCAGCACGCCGGCCUCGCCGCUGCAGCGUACGACGGCGAGGACCUCAAGAGCUGGGACGCGGAGUUCGUCAAGGUCGACCAGGCUACGCUCUUCGACCUCAUCCUGGCUGCCAACUAUCUGAACAUCAAGGGAUUGCUGGACCUGACCUGCCAGACGGUGGCUGACAUGAUGAAGGGCAAGACUCCGGAGGAGAUCCGCGAGACAUUCCACAUCAAGAACGACCUCACGGAAGAGGAGGAGGAGGCGAUCCGCACGGAGAACCGAUGGGCCUUCGAGUGAUCGAAGCCAUGAGCUCUACUGCUCUCUAGUGCUCUACAAUGCUAUUGGUGCUAGUCUAGUUAUUAUAUGGUCGUAAUGUAAAGCCUUUUGGAGGUGGUUGUUUGGAUUGGAUGGAUGAUGGUUGAUACUUACAAUAUUUACAUUGCCUACUGAACCUCGUGGUAUAGU